AUGAGGUGCACCAAGGACCUCCUAAAGGCCGCCAAAGAGACCCUGAACCCCUGUGGCUCUCGUAUGCUCAACCUGCGAGGGUACCGAAUCGAAGUCAUUGAGAACCUGGGGGUGCUCAACGACGCGUACGAAUGCAUUGACUUCUCGGAGAACGAGUUGGUGACACUGGACGGAUUUCCACCAAUGCAGAACCUGAAGCACCUGAUUGUGGCGCAGAAUCGAGUUUGUCGGAUCAGCGAAGACUUGCACGAGAGCAUACCCAACUUGGUAUCGCUCGUUCUCGCCGGCAACUUGAUGACCGAUGUCAAAUAUCUAGAGCCCCUGAAGCACUUUAAGCACCUGCAACGCAUCUCGCUCGUAGACAACCCAGUGGACACUGUAGUAGUGGGUGGCUUCGGGUCAAUCGUCUUGACUCUUAGGGACCCGCAGCUGCGAAAAUAUCUUAUCGGGAUCCUACCUUCCAUAAGGUUCAUCGACUUCACCAAGGUCACUCAAAGCGAACGGGCUAAGCAGGACGACUAG